UGUCUUUCCAUCUGGUUGAGAACGCAAGGGGGAAUACUAGAGGAGACAGGCUACUGUUACUUUGUCUCUCUCCGACAGAGCUCGUAGUUACCUUGUAAGUCCCACGCUGGAGACUUAAAGUAAAAGAAGACUAGAGGAGAAGGAGACUAUUUUUCACUGCACAAAAGCCUGUGUCCUUUUCUGUGUGUGCGUGUGUGCGUGCGCGUGCGUGUGUGUGUGUGUGUGUGUGUGUGUGAGUGUGUGACUUGAUAAUAAACUCAUUUUUUUCUCGUCUUGAAGGCGCGGACAACGACAUUUUUCCCUCCCUAAAAAACAAAAGUGGAGUCGGGUGGAUGAGUUGUGUGGAUGUUAUUUCCUGGAUCGUCUCCUCUGCUUGUGUCUUACCGCGGCCCCGAGACUGCAACAGUGUGUGGAAAAGUAGAUUUGUAUGUUUAACAGAUGGCUUCAACGAGGAUAACGCGCUGGAUGCUUGGUGAAGCAUGGUGGUGAAGAUGGUCAGAACGCAAUUAAUGGGGCCACUGUCAUGGGGCCCGGUCAAAUGGCCGAGCAUAAUGGGAACGGGAGUCCUUUAUCUGCUGCUACUAUCAACCUGUCUCGGCCAAGACACGGAAGACUGGCAAUAUGAGGAAUGUAAACUGUCUCGGUCGGGUCCUCCUGCUACCAUCGUGGCCAUUGAUGAAGAAAGCCCCAAUGGAACACUAUUGGUGGAGAACAUGCAGAUAAAUGGCGUGGCUGAGGGUCCGCAUCGUACCAUCUCUCUGUCGCUAAGAGAUAACCAGGACUAUUGGGUGAUCCUUGACCCUUCCAAAAAAGCCCUUUACCUCAACAGCACUGGACGGGUUCUGGAUAGAGAUCCCCCAUCGUACAUUCACUCUAUUGUGGUUCAGGUUCAGUGUACCAACGAGCUAGUAGGCACGGUGAUUUUACAUGAAGUCCGCAUCGUUGUUCGAGACCGCAACGACAACACACCACAUUUCCAACAGCCAAGAUACUAUGUCGCCGUCAGUGAGCUGACGCCAAUAGGAACCACUAUCUUUUCUGGUUUCUGGGGGAACAAUGGGGCAACUGACAUUGAUGAUGGUCCCAACGGACAGAUAGAGUACACCAUCCAGUACAACCCUAAAGACCCGACAACAAACAGAACCUUUGACAUCCCCCUGACCCUGUUUGGCUCCGUAGUUCUCAGAGAAAGACUCAACUAUGAGGACAUAACACGGUACCUGGUCAUCAUACAGGCUAAUGACCGAGCCCCCUAUCCCAGUGAGCGUCGUACGGCCACCACCACUCUAACUGUGGAUGUGCUGGAUGGUGAUGACUUGGGUCCCAUGUUCCUACCAUGUGCGCUUGUGGGAAACACACGUGACUGUAAUCCCAUCACGUAUAGAGCUAAUGUACUGGAGCUGACACAGCCGAAUAAAGUGAAUCCCGUCAAUGUGACUCCACCCAUUCAAGCUGUGGACCAAGACAGAAACCUACAACCUCCCUCUGACAGGCCAGGGAUUCUAUACUCCAUCCUCAUUGGCAAACCAGUGUCCUAUGCCGAAUAUUUCAGCUUGAACAGAACCACCGCGGAGCUCCUUCUACUAAAGCCCAUCGAUAGAGAACUGUACCGCAGAUUUGAUCUGGUUAUCAAGGCCGAGCAGGACAACGGUCACCCCUUGCCAGCUUUUGCUAACCUACAAAUUGAAGUUCUGGAUAAAAACAACCAGGCACCUUACUUCCUGGAGACCAGUUACCAUGGCUACAUCAGCGAGGCCUCACCAGUAGGAACCACCAUAGCGACCACUGCCAGCCUGUCUGCACCGCUGACCAUCAUAGCUCUGGACAACGAUGUGGAAGAGACCAGGGACCCUCAGCUCCAGUUCUCAUUGGACAGCUAUUCUAAUGUUUUCUCUGUGUCUGCUACUGGAAUCAGAAGAUAUCUCACCCUGGUGCAGCCACUGGAUAGGGAGACACAAGACUCCUAUGCAUUCACGCUUUUGGCAUCAGAUGGCGUCCAGCAAAGCAUCCCGGUUACAGUGACGAUAACUGUGUUGGAUGCAAACGACAACUCUCCAACUUUCGCUAAUGUGUCUUAUAAUGUCAACGUGUUUACUGACAUGAUCCCUGGAGAAACUGUGUUACAGCUGUCAGCAGUCGACUCUGAUGCAGGUCCCAACGGUCAAGUCACCUAUCGGAUCUUAGCUGGCCACCAGGGACAUUUUAUUAUUGGCAACAGCACUGGGGUCAUUACAGUGGCACCAGGUCACCAACUCACUGUUGGGCGGAGCUACGCUUUGACUGUAGAAGCCGUGGACAACGGGCCUGUACCUCAGAGACGGUCAUCCAUUACUACGGUAUAUAUUGAAGUUUUGCCCCCAAACAACCAGAGCCCUCCAUGGUUCCUGCGGCAACAAUACAGCCUGGAAAUCAGCGAAGCUAUGAGAACUGGAGCUACACUGCUUAAUCUGCAGGCAGUGGAUCGGGAGAGGGACCCCAUCACCUACAAAAUCCAAAGCGGAGACCUUCACGGACAUUUUGCACUACAGCAGGAUGCAGGGUAUUUGGUCCUGGACAAGCCUCUGGACAGGGAGUCUCUGGAUUAUUAUACCCUGGUGGUCACAGCCUCAGAUGGACACCCAGAUGGGACCUCCACUACGACGGUGAACAUCGUGGUGAUAGAUGUUAAUGACAAUGACCCACUGUUCGAUUCUUCACUGCCAGUGAACCUCACUGUCUCCGAGGAGCACGAUCAAGCCUACGUUGGACAGGUCAAGGCUACGGACCCAGAUCUCGGGACAAGUGGUAUGGUCAAUUAUCGGCUCAUCAACCACCAAAAUCUGUUUUCCAUCAAUGCCACUGGAGCGAUCAGAACUACGAUGCCACUGGACAGAGAGGUAAGAGGUCACUACUUUCUGAUCGUUGAAGCCUGGGAUGGUGGAGUGGACCCCCGGAGAUCCAGAUUAACACUGUCCAUCACCGUUCUGGAUGUAGACGACAACAGCCCAAUAUUCACUCAACAGACUUACAAUGUCAGCCUGCCAGAGAACAGCCCCAAAGAUACAGUCAUAUUACAGUUAAAGGCGAAAGACGCUGACCUCAGAUCCAACCUCACGUAUCGAAUCAGAACUGAAGGCUCGGACCAGGAGAUCGUUCGGCUAUUCCACAUCGACCCAGUGACAGGAGAGCUGUCAGCGCUUAAAGCUUUUGACUAUGAGGCUUUGACUGGCUCUGAACCCACAUAUACAUUCACAGUCGAGGCCAUAGACAUAGAGGGAACCAUGCCUCCUGGACUAGCCUCCGUCACUGUCAGAAUCAUGGACAUGAAUGACUUUUCCCCGAUAUUCGGGCAGUCAGUGUACCGAGGCCUGGUUGCCCCUGAUGCUGUCAAGGGAACCAUCGUAACUACAGUGAUGGCCAAUGACUCUGACCCUGCGGGUACCCCAGCAGGUCUAGUGCGCUAUAAAGUGAACCAAGAGGCUUUUCCAUAUUCUGCCAGCAUAUUUGAUGUAGAAGAACAGACGGGACAUGUUGUAACCAGAGUAAACCUCAACGAGAAGCCCAACCUCAAGUUCAGUCUGGUGGUGGUUGCCUCUGAUGAUGGUGUGCCAGUAAAAGCGAACCACAACUCUAGUGAAAUCACAGUCCUCCAGCCCUCUGUCAUUCCCGUCUUCACUCAGGAAGAUUACAGGUUUCCACUUGUGAGUGAGGAGGCUCCUGUUGGAACCCCGGUGGGAGCCAUCAUGGCGGCUGCUGUCAAUCAAACUAUCGUCUACUCCAUCAUCGAAGGCAACCAGGGAGAUGUGUUUGCAUUAAAUGAAACCACAGGAGUGAUUUCCACAGCCAAACCCCUGGACUACGAGGCCACCUCCACCUACGUUCUAAGGGUUGAAGCAGACUCCAUGGGAGUGGUGUCCUCAAACCUUCGAGUUCCCUCAAAGACCAACACAGCUAAGGUGGUAAUCGACAUCCAGGAUGAGAACGACCACCCACCGGUUUUCACCAGAUCUCUUUAUAUUGGAGGGGUGGCAGAAGAUGCUAAAACGUUUACCUCCGUCUUGCAAGUACAGGCCCUGGACAAAGACACUGGUAACUACAGUUCUAUGAUGUACCGGCUGAUCAUUCCCCCUCCUGCCGGUAAAGACACUAAAGAUAGCAAAGACGGCUUCAUCAUCGAACCAUACAGCGGCGUGGUGAAGACGGCAAUCAUGUAUCGCAACAUGAGGCGAUCGUAUUUUAAGUUUGAGGUGGUUGCUACAGACAACUAUGGUCAAGGACACAGCAGCAAGGCGGAGAUAGUGGUAUCGGUUGUGAACCAGCUGGACAUGCAGGUGGUCGUAUCAAAUGUCCCUCCAACAUAUGUGGAGAAAAACAAAAACAAGCUGCUCAGCAUUUUGGAACGGUACGUCCAGGAACAGAUACCAGGAGCAAAGGUUAUUGUGGAAACCAUCGGGCCGCAUCACUAUGGUGAUGGAAUGGAGCAGGAAGACUACACCAAGUCGGACCUCAUGAUUUAUGCCAUCGACCCGCUGACAAAUAGAGCUGUCUCUAGACAGGAACUCUACAAGUUUCUUGAUGGUAAAAUCUUGGACAUCAAUAAAGAGUUCCAGCCCUUCCUCCCUCCUGGUGGACGGAUUCUGGAGAUCCGAACUCCUGAAGUGGUGACCAGUGUAAAGAAAGCUGUGCAGACCGUUGGCUACACAGAGGGGGCGCUGUUGGCUCUGGCAGUUAUUAUCAUUAUCUGCUGUGUUCCCGCCAUACUGAUUGUCAUUAUCACCUACAGACAAUUCAAAGAACGCCAGGCAGAGUGUGCCAAGACCGCCCGUAUCCAGAUGGCACUGCCAAUGAGCAAACCUGGGGGAGGCACUGCCAACAACCUGUAUGAAGAGCUGGGUGACAACGCCAUACAAAACCGGUCAAACCACAAUGUUGGUAGUGGGAGUGGUGGCAGUUUGGAUGAAAGCGACCGGCAACGUCUGAUCUCAGAUUUUGCCACACGAGCGAUCGCUGCCCACCGUCAGUGCGUCGCUAAUGGAGGGGUACUCAACAACCUGCCCAAGUCGGAGUCCAGCAUCACCUUUCUCUCUGAUGAAAACCCCCUGACUAUCAAAAAUCCCAUCUACCAUGAGGACGGGACUUUGAGUAGCCCAGAGACUCUUGGAAGAAGCCAGAGGAGAAGAGACCUUCUUGGAAAUGUCUCCCCUUCCAGAAAAGGCCUUCGAGAGGCGUGGCUGAGGCUCAGCGGCUCCCCUGGAGGAGAUGUGGGAUUCAAUGGGUACAGUGGCAGUGACAGCGGAUGGGGAUCUGGGGUUGGACACAGCUGGACUCUCCCAUCAAGGUUACAUCGAAGAGAGAUGUUUGACACUUUGAGACGGCAAGUGGUCAUGGAUCCCAUUCAGUGGGAGCUGGAACUUCUAAAGGCCGAAUUCAAGGAGAGUAAAGAUGCUGGUCUGGAUUCAGGAUUUGACCGUGGGUUGGAUUCAGACUUAAUGGGCAGCCCAAGUCUGGAACCCAAGUUGACAGUCAAAGAACAAGCCAGACAGUUUGAGCAACAGGCAGUCCAGGAAAUGAGGCAGAGGCAAAACAGAGAUUCACGGGGAUCUUUGUCACCUGAUAUCAUACUUUCUAUUUUCCCUGAGUCUCCCCCAAAUGUUCUAACUGCUCAGGUCAAAGAGGGUCCUCCUAGUAUUAUUGUCACCCAAAGUGAUGGAGGGACCCCUCCUCCAAGUCACAAGCCAACUCCUCCUGUGCUGCGGCGCUUCGGGGUAAAUUUAACAGGAAAUCAGAGUGCGGAAGAACGACUCCAGGUCCAUUCAGAGCUUAUCCCUGAUCCUCCGGCAACUCCUCCACCACCACCACCACCACCACCACUACUAACAACAACAUCUCCAUCCCCACCACCUCCGCCUCCCACAUCGGCUCCUCUUCCUCCAUCAACUCCUCCUCCUCACCGCCCUUCCUCCUCUUCUUCUCUCCCUCCUGCUUCUCACUCCAACCAUGUAGAAAAGCAGGCUCCUCCACCCUUUCCCCCACCUCCUCCUCCGCCACCGCCUCCACCUCUCCCUCCCCCUUUGUCGCCCUCACUGCUGCGUCCAUCCACCUUUGUACUCCCAUCGCUCUCGGAGGUACCGGCUCUGCGGCCCGUGUCCCUCCGGCCGCCACCACCACCCCUACCUGCGGAGCCCGAACCUCCCCGAAAAGAGCGGAAAGGAAUCUUAAAGAACAUUGAAAACAUUGCUGACAUUGAGAAGUCGGUGGCAAACAUGUUCAGCCAGAUAGAUCAGAAACAGAUCCCGCUCAAAAAGGUCUUGAAGAGCCGAGCCUCCAUGGAUUCUCUUGAUUCUCUUGAUGGUCUUGACUCGAAUGAAUUAGCAGUAACAGCAGCAGGAGGAGAUGAGGGGAAAGGGGGAGGUGGAGAAGGAGUGGAAGGAGGAGGAGGAGAGGAUCCUCCACCUCCACAGAUUCAACCCAACCCAAACAUGAACUCCAUCGUGGAAGAACUUGAGAAACGAUUUCCCUCUCAGUCUACAAUGCUCUAGCCUUUGCCUUUAUGAUAUGGAAAGCACACAGAGGGGGAUUUCUAAACAUUGUUGCGUAGUUUCCGCGUCUGUCAAGGGACUGAUGCUCAAAAUAGCUCAGCGGAAUGCUGUGAUGAUUUGGUGAUUCUUUACCGUACUGGGACUGUGCUCUUCCAACAUGACUUCUUUUUUUUACAUUGGGAAAAAAAAAAUUCUAGGCCUAGCAAAAAAAAAAAAUGUGGGUGGAAGAAAAAUGUUUCUUCUCUCAAAUGAUGGAACUUGUGAACAAAAAAAGAGAAGGCAGGGGAUGUAAAACAGCAAGAAAGAUCACAUCCUGCAUAGCCCUUAUGUAUUCAGUCAUGUAAUCGCUGGAAAGGGCUUCCACUCUGUUACUGUAUUCUACACUAUUUCUCUCUGACUCUUGCAAGAAGAGAGAAGGAUUAAAAAAAAAAGUGGCGGACGAAAUGCAAAUGAUAUUUAGGUCAAGUUCAUUUUUAAAUGUGUGUCCCCAUUUCAGUGAACCUGAAAUACUAGGAACAAUUGAAAUAGUUGUUGUUUCAAGGGCUAACUCAUUAUCUGCCACUGCCAUUAUUUUAGUUUGCCAACAAAUUAAUUUCUAGGACUUGUUUGUGUUUUAGUAACACUGAGGUAAAUGGGCUAAAUAGUUGCAGAUGAGAGCUGUGAUAUCAAGUGAUUAGAAGUGGCAAAAUCUGCCCUGGUAAUUUUCAGUUUGACUGCUUUCAUGACCCUUUUACAUCCAUGCCAAGUAAUUGACAUUCUCGUCAACAACAAAUUAUAAUCAAUCAAAGACCCUUUGUUGUAGAUGGACGCACUUGCAGUUAUGAGAAGCUAUGUUUGGGGGGGCUUUAAAACACACUCUCUGGACUUCUUGACUAGCUUAUUCUAGAUGUAGUCGGUGUGAAAAUAAAAAAUCAAACAGAGGAGGAGAGAACAAGGGUAAACCUGCCAACUUGGGUUGAACUUUGCUGGACAUGUUGCUUUUUUGGGGGGUAUUUUCUUAGUAUGGAUGGCCUUUUGCUGUUACAGGGCCGCAGCCAGUGAUAUGAUCAGUCAUGGCAUAUUCUGGUUUUACUCUUCAUUUGAUCAGUAUUACGUAGUUACCUAGUGCUGGAACACUGUUACACUGGAACAUGCUGUCUACAAACAACUUUCCAUCUUUGUUUAAUUUGAGUCAAUGCACAACUAUGCAUCUUUCUUAACCCUGUCUUCUACAAAUUACUUUAAUAUGUUACUAUUUUAAUAUAUAUAAGUAUUUCCAAUUACAUUGUUCUACUGAACGUAAUUGCAUGCUUGAUUAUGUUCACUGGCAACGUUGUUUUUUUGAAUAAAAAGCUAUAUUGUAUUGACAUGAUCAGUGCAGAAUCAACAUUUCUUAUGACUUAUAUGCUAAUUAAAUUAUAAAUUUGUUUAUUAUGGCGACUAAAAAUGUAAUCCUGUCAGCUUUAUGUGUCCUUCAAAACAUAUUCACUGUUGUAAAUUAGUUUUAUAUGAACAUAAUUUGUAGGAGACAGGGUUGACCUUUUCAUACCAUUACUUCAUGACAUCAACAUUAAAAACAAAGCAAACAGAGACAUGGGGAAAGUGAAACAGUCUUUAAAGUUAUCUGUUUGUAUCCAUUCUGCUUUUUGUGAAAUACUUAUUUAGUUGGUAGUUCUUUGUGUUUUAGGUUCUAUAUGUUCAUAGAUAGAGUAGAAACAUGUCUUAAACAUUUUUGUAGAGUUUUUAUUCACAUUAUGUGCUACAUUUUUAUGAACGUUUCCUAUAGGUUACUAUUGCUUCUUUUACCUGAAGUUUCCUUCAUUAAAAUCAUUGUGUGGGGACUUUGGGAAAUAAUUAAUAUUAAAAAUACAAAAAGACAUCAACAUGAGACAUUUUUCUCAAUAAAAUAUGUGGUACUGACUGAAAA